AUGGGGAGAGCAAGCCAGUGUUCCCAGUCAUGGAAAAGGCGGAGGAAGAUGACGGCACUCUGCAGCGGGGCCAGUGGAACAACAAGAUGGAGUUCGUGUUGUCUGUGGCAGGCGAGAUCAUCGGGUUGGGCAAUGUCUGGAGGUUCCCCUACCUCUGCUACAAGAACGGGGGAGAGCACUGCUCAGCCCUUUCUUUUCUUUCUUUCUUUCUCUUUCUUUCUUUCUUUCUUUCUUUCUUUCUUUCUUUCUUUCUUUCUUUCUUUCUCUUUCUUCUUCCUCCUCCUCUCAUCCUUUUCCUCCUCUCCUUCUCCUCCUCCUUUUCUUCUUCUUCUUUUUCCUUCAAGGUUAACUCUGGGGCUCACUGCUGACACUAUGAAUCCACGGCUCCUGGAGGGUGCUUUUUUCAUCCCCUACCUCAUCUUCCUCUUCACCUGUGGCAUUCCCGUCUUCCUCCUGGAGACAGCUCUGGGCCAGUACACCAGCCAGGGAGGCAUCACUGCCUGGAGGAAGAUCUGCCCCAUCUUUGAGGGCAUUGGCUACGCCUCCCAGGUGAUCGUCAUCCUCCUCAACUUCUACUACAUUGUGGUGCUGGCCUGGGCCCUCUUCUACCUCGUCAGCAGCUUCACUGUGGACCUGCCCUGGGGCAGCUGCCGCAAUGAGUGGAACACAGAGCACUGCGUGGAGUUCCAGAGAACCAACGGCUCCCUAAAUGUCACCUCUGAGAAUGCCACCUCCCCGGUCAUCGAGUUCUGGGAGAGGCGUGUGCUGAAGAUUUCGGCGGGUAUCCAGCACCUGGGGGCACUGCGCUGGGAGCUGGCGCUGUGCCUCCUGUUUGCCUGGGUAGUCUGCUACUUCUGCAUCUGGAAGGGUGUCAAGUCCACCGGCAAGGUGGUCUACUUCACAGCCACGUUCCCGUACCUCAUGCUGGUGGUCCUGCUGGUCCGAGGUGUGACCCUGCCUGGAGCCGCCCAAGGAAUCCAGUUUUACCUGUACCCCAACCUCACACGCCUAUGGGACCCCCAGGUGUGGAUGGACGCAGGCACCCAGAUCUUCUUCUCUUUCGCCAUCUGCCUCGGCUGCCUGACAGCCUUGGGCAGCUACAACAAGUACCACAACAACUGCUACAGGGACUGCGUGGCCCUCUGCUUCCUCAACAGCGGCACCAGCUUCGUGGCGGGCUUCGCCAUCUUCUCCAUCUUGGGCUUCAUGUCACAAGAGCAGGGGGUGCCCAUCUCCGAGGUGGCUGAGUCAGGUCCUGGCUUGGCGUUCAUUGCCUACCCCCGUGCUGUGGUGAUGCUGCCCUUCUCCCCGCUAUGGGCCUGCUGCUUCUUCUUCAUGGUUGUUCUCCUGGGGCUGGACAGUCAGUUUGUGUGUGUGGAAAGCCUGGUGACAGCACUGGUGGACAUGUACCCCCGGCGCUUCCGCAAGAAGAACCGCAGGGAGGGGCUCAUCCUCGGCGUGUCCGUGGUCUCCUUCCUGGUGGGGCUAGUCAUGCUCACAGAGGGGGGCAUGUACGUCUUCCAGCUUUUUGACUACUACGCGGCCAGUGGCAUGUGCCUCCUGUUUGUCGCCAUCUUUGAGUCCCUCUGUGUGGCGUGGGUGUACGGGGCCGGGCGCUUCUAUGAUGACAUUGAAGACAUGAUCGGAUACCGGCCCUGGCCGCUUAUCAAGUACUGCUGGCUCUUCCUCACUCCGGCUGUGUGCACAGCCACCUUCCUGUUUUCCCUCAUCAAGUACACGCCACUGACCUACAACAAGAAGUACACGUACCCCUGGUGGGGCGACGCACUGGGCUGGCUACUGGCGCUGUCCUCCAUGCUCUGCAUCCCUGCCUGGAGCCUCUACAAGCUGACCACACUGAGGGGCGCCUUCAGAGAGCGGAUUCGCCAGCUUGUGUGUCCAGCUGAGGACCUACCCCGGAGGAGGAGCUCGCCCCGGACAGAGCCCGCUGCUCCCGCCCCCAGACUCACGCCCCUCCUCAGACUAACGGAAGUGGAGUCUCAUUGCUAGGGCUGGGGAGGGCGUACCCGGCCUGUGAGCCAGCUGGCGGCUGAGGGGAAGGGGGGAGGGAUUGUUGGGGGGGGCUGCUCCCCGCCCCCACUGGGCUCUUUGGGACCUGUUUUCUGAGUGGGAUUCAGCCCCCCUUACGCACAUUGCCAGCCGCCAUUAAACCCGUGUUUUCUGCCCUAA